GUCAUUAGGUGCUUCAUUCUUUAUCCAUUAAAAACUAAACCCUCCUCUUGUGCCUUUAAAAAAGGAAGCAGAUUGUCUUUUUGUUUGUCUUUGGCCACUUAUUCUUUCUUUACUGCCUUAUUCUGUAUGUCUCUUGUACUGAUUUACAACACAUAUUUGAUACCAGAUACUAGCACUGGUGUCCACGCCCUCCCAGGUGGCCCCUCUCCUCUUUGACAUUAACUGCCACCUUGAGGCAUUGUGCAAUGAAAAAGCAACUGUUGUCAUAUUUAGGUGACACCUGCACAUAUAACCUCCAAAUGGCCCUGCAGAAUGUGAUGAUAUCCCAGCGACGACAAGUCCAACAGUCACUGAGCAACUGAAAUGUUGCACAAUUGCAUCUUUAUAUAUAUAUAUAUAAUGUUCUGUCACUAUUUUCAUUGAGAGAUAAAUGAAUUCCUAAACACUUCCUGUUUGCAGUACAAAGCAACACAUUUGAUGUCAUCAGCUUAGGGAAAGCUAAACCUUUAAGAAUUUGUGGUUGAUGUUGACACAUCCGGCACAGAGUCAGCACGGAGGUGUGAUGCAGCCCCUCACAGGCUGCCAUUCGGUUCGCUGCAACAUGGAGGUAAUAGCACUUUGCACUAUUGUAGCUGCUCUGAAAGUCAUUCCCGACAGAUCCCAGUUCUUUCAGUAUGAGUCCGUCAGUCUGAGCUGUGUGGAGCCUGGUACCAACUACUCUGAUUGGACAGUAAAGAGGAACACAUCCUCAAUGAAAAACGAAGAGUGUGCCAACACUUGGGGGACAAAGAACGAGUCCCACUGCAACGUUGGUGAUUUUUACCCUUCAGACACUGGAGCGUACUGGUGUGAGUUUGGAGCUGGAGAGUGCAGCGAUGCCGUCAACAUCACUGUGACCGCUGGCGCCGUGAUCCUGGAGAGCCCUGUCCAUCCCGUGCAGGAGGGAGAUGCCGUGACUCUGCGCUGCACAAAUCAGACGACGUCCUCCACCAACCUCACAGCUGAAUUUUACAAAGACGACCUCCUCGUCAGAAGCAGCUCCACAGGAAACAUGACCAUCCGCAGUGUUAGAAAGUCUGAUGAAGGUUUCUACAAGUGUUACAUCGCUGGAGGAGACGGAUCAACAAAGAGCUGGCUGGCUGUCAGAGCUGGGCGUCCUGAAUCUUUUCAACCACCUCUCGCGCUCAUUCUGCUUCCUGUGCUGGGGGGCGUCUGCCUCUCGCUGGCGUUGCUGUACCUGUGGAGGAAACGAAAAGGUAAAGCUGAAAGUGACGUGGCAUACACUGACGUCACCAUCACACAGGAAGUGCCAUUCACAAGGGAAACAGAAAUCGACUUUCAAUCAACUGUCUACUCAAAACUCAAAGCAGUGGCCACCUGAGAGGAACCGACAGAACCAGAAAUAUGGUUUUAAUUAAGUACUAAGUCCCUGCGGCUGAGUGCACACAGGCAAACACAGGCACAAACAAACUCAGAUACACACUAACUCACGUUUAAAAGAAGAGACGAUUUAAAGAAACAAAGCUCAGUGUCUGUAUCUGUGUUUGUCACCUCAUGUCUCCUUUUUCUUUUCUCCAACACAAAAACCCCAAAGUUUGAUUUGGAAGUUUUUGUGUGUCCGAUCUGAAGACUGAACAAGUACAGUAAGAGAAGGAGGUCUGAUAACAUUACUGUCUGUGGUGUCAUAAACGGUGUCUAUUAAUAGCCUCCAUUUCCUGUUUUGUCUACCAUUUGUUUCCAGCUCACACCUACAAUAUGUACUGCAUAUACGCCUUCACACUUUAAGUGCUGAUCGAUGUAGCAUUUCCAUUUGCAGCUGAUCCACAUUUACUUUUUACUCAAACAGUUUUAACUUGGACAUCUUGACUUGUGAGAUCACCAAAUCGACGCUAACCUAAAAUGUGACCUGUUUGGUUUGGCUCCGGAUUUCCAUAACAGAUGCAGAAAGGGGAGAUAACAAGCAAAAAAACACGGAAAUAAUGCAGCUGCAUCCUUGUAUAGAGUCUUUCCAUCUCCUGUAACAGGAAGAUUAUUCUUCUCAGCUGACUUAUUGGGGAAACAACAGAUGCUGUCCAUUCUAGUUACUACAAGUGACUCAGUGUCUUUGAGUUUCUUUUCCUAAUACAAACAACAAAUUAACAAGAAAAUUAAAAAAAUUUUUUUAAGAAACAAAUGAAGAUGAAGAAAACUGGAACAUACAGUGGGAUAUUUUCAUUGUGAGGUGAAAAUGCGAGGGAGCAAAGACAGCAAGUACAAGCAGCAGCUAUACAGCCUCAAUUCAUAUGAUAUAUUUAGGUCCAAGAGGAAAGUCGGGACUUUUGAGCUCUGCAGAGCUCCGAGCUCUCGCUUCAUCAUCCAGACAGAAAUGAUCACUGUAGGUCACUGCAGUGAUUUCCUGACAAGGUACUGAGAUUUAUUUAUUGUAUUCUGAUGAGUCGUCAUCAAAUGGGAGCUACUUUGCCAGCUGGUGGGCGUUUUGUUUUAGCUAAACCAACAAGACAAUCUCCACCUCUAUAUUUAAAGAUAAAUAUAUAGAUUUUAUAUCUUGUUUUCAUAUCCAUGCGAUAAAAAUGUAUUAUGAAUGUAUAUAACGUGAAGGGACACCAAUUCAAAUCAUUUCCGCUGCAGUGUUCCCUGUUAUACUGAAUAUUAUAUUGUUAUUGUUGUGAAAUUACAUUUAUUUUUAAUACAUUAAAAUAAUAAUUUAAAUCAGUGUUUAGCCAAAAAUCACAGCCAAAAAUCACCUUCUCUGCCCCAAAGACUUUUAGUAGCAAAUACAAUCAGUAUUUCGAAUCAUAGAGAAGGAAGAGAGAGGGAAGAUCAGCCACCAAGAAGGUAAGAAUAGAUGGGAGCUUACUGUUUGGGGCUGUAUUGUCCCACCUACAGGUGGCAGGCUGGAGCUUAAACAGUAAUUUUCACAAUUCAGAUGUUGAUUUUUUCUUUCUGCAGUAUUUAAGUAUGCCACAGGAGAGAUAAUCAUUUUGUAGUAGUCACCUCUUCCUUGCUCUCCUCAGCAGGUGUUGUGGGUCUGAAGAGGGAGAGAGGUCCAAACACCUGCUUAAUAAGAGCGCCAAGAGUAAUCAUGUUGGUCACAGGGUGUUAUUGAAUCAUUUUUCUGUAUUUAUGUAAAUGUGUAUUCUUUGUUUUUUUUAUUUCUGUAUCAUGUUGGUUUUCUGUAACUAAUCAUUACUUUUUAUUGGUCUAGUGUUGAUCCUGCCGUAUUGGUUUUUCUUCCAACUAAUGACCUGCUGCAGGAAAAUGAGUUUCACUCAGAGGUGGUUGGUGAUGGUUGGUCAGUGGGUGCAGGAAGCUUUAUUAAGCUUUGGCGCUUCAAACUAAGCUAGUACAGCGCCAUCUGUUGGUUUGAGCAACGUAUUGCAGCCCUUCAAGACUUGGGCCAAAACACCUCAAUGAUUUUAAGUUUUUAGUUUUAGUCUCAUGCGUGUGCAAAUAAAAGUUAGAAGCCAGUGAGCUGUUGCUAAACUUGUAAUACUAAUGUAUUAUUAAUGUUACUGAGCAAAAUAUUACAACUAUUAAAUACAUUGUCCAAGAAGCCCAGAUAUAUAAUAUGUUCACUGACACAAAAUACGACUGUAUCCUCUAAUUUAGGCCCAUUGUCCACUGUGUGGUCGUGUGUUUUAACUUUAUGGUUGAUAUUUGAACAUUUUGGGGGAAAGAUUUUGAUUGUUGAUGCAAUUUAAUUUAAUUUAAUUUAAUUUAAUUUUACUUUAUUUUAUUUUUUGAAAGAUACUCAGGGUCUCUGACAAUACCAUUAGUUAUCUUUUAAAAAAGAGACAAACUAAUAUAAAAAUACUAAUUUACAACAUUCACAUAAUAACAUAUGUAUUGCCAAGGCAUGAAUGAGACUAUUAGUUUGACUACUAUUAUCCUAAAUCUGGAGUAGAAAGUCAAUAAAAAUGUUUUUGUAUCAUGUUGUUUUGAAAAUAAAACAAAACAUAAAAGUAUUUGUGUAAGACACUUUGACUAUGUUUGCACUCAUCAGUAAAUAAAUAAAUAUAGUUUUGUUUGUGACUGUUUUAACUAACCCAGACUGUAACAGACGGCAAAGUCCGAACUAUAACAUCAUCAACAAUCAUAAUGCGUGUCACUGCAACUGGCCACUUAACUGAAAUAAACUUUUAACAAUGUUUGAACCAUAGACUGUAUCGAUUUGUAGACUGUGUAUAGAUUUCACCACAAAAAAUGGGGACAGUUGUAGUCUAGUUACUGUUUUUAAUCAACAACAGGGUAACAAAAAGCAGCCAUUAAAAAACAAACAAAUAAAAACAAACCCAACAGGACAGAACAAUAUCACAUUUCAAAGAUAGGUUUACAGCAAGCAGCAACCUCGAAGAGCCAACAUGAGACUACCAAAAACUGCAAUUCAUCUAUUGACCACUAGAUGCUGUCAAUCCUCAUAGACUCCCAUGUUUUUACAGCCUGGUGCAAAAAACAGUUCUGGUCUCUACAGCUGAUUUACUCCCUCAUAACAACUGUACGGGGGGAACCCUUAUGUUCAGCCCCAUUGUUACACUGUAAAAUGUUUUCACGGUUAAAAAACAGCAAACAACUGGAAACAGGAUUGCCAUUAUUUUACUGUAAAAUUAACAGUACCAUGUUGUUGCUGGUAUUUACUGUUUGCUACCGUAUUUGUAAAUACAGCCAAAAGCUGUUAUUUUCUACUUUUACAGUCAAAUUUAAAGGAUUGGCAGUUUAUUACUGUUUAUUUUGACUUUUUUCACAGGAUUUAUAUUUGCAGAUUUUUACCGUUAACUGUAGUACAUAUACAAAACAUGCUGCAGUAUAACUGCUAACAUGGGCUGAAGCUGCUAGGGUCCACAUGAUUUUGAAGUUGUACCCAUAAUUCCAAUGUUUGUAGUUGUAAAUCAAACUUUGCAAACCUGUAAAAAAAAAAAAAAACUCAAAAGAAAUUCAAGUUUCUGCAUGUGAAGAAAUUGUGCCUGUGUUGAAGAGAUUUGUAUUUGUUAAAAAAAGGUUAUUUGAAUCAAAAUUAUGAAUAAAUGAUCAGUAAGGUUGAACAAAGACACUGUAACAGAACAGCAUUGAGUUCAGUUUUUUAAGUUCAGUCUUGCAGCUGGAGAAGAGGUCCAGACUUCAUCACAUGUCUUCUGUAACAAAGCAGAAGCUGCUCUCUGAACAUCUUCUGGGGGGGGGGGGGGGGGGGG